UAAUUUAACACGAUGUAAAAUAAUGUUUGUGUCUGUUGGAAUCGACUUUUUUGUGUUGUUGUAGUUUAACUGCAAAGAUGUAAAAACGGACACAAUAUGGCGAAACACGUGCUCACAAAAGCAGCCCACGCUGCUCUCUUUCACAUGUUGAUUUUUUUUGGAGGCUCGCAAAAGAUCUGUCGCACCCGAGCCCCGAGGAGGAGAAGAGGAGACACAAGAAAAAACGACUUGUACAGAGUCCUAAUUCCUAUUUUAUGGAUGUCAAAUGUCCUGGUUGCUACAAGAUCACCACAGUGUUCAGUCAUGCUCAGACUGUAGUGCUGUGUGUCGGCUGCUCCACAGUCCUCUGCCAGCCCACAGGAGGGAAAGCUCGCCUUACAGAAGGAUGCUCCUUCAGGAGGAAACAGCACUAGUUUGACCAGACGUGGUUGGACACCGUUGAGAAUGAAGAGAGCUCGGUGGACAUGGAGUAACACUGCCAUGGAGCUGAUGCAGCAAUGUGGAGAUGGAGAGCGGGAAUACAAAUCAUGUAAUAUAAGAAGUCUUAUCUACAGAAUAUGCACAGAGAAAUGCUUGGUGUUGUUGACACCCCACCAACGCCACACAUUCAUUAAUUCUUAAUUUCUUCUAAAUAAAGUUAGCUUGGUUUUGUGGAUGUUUGUCAUCCAGUUUGUUCUCGUUGUCUCUUGAAGGCUCAUUUGUGUGGUAAAAGGCACACGUCAGCUCUUAAAGCUCCUUAAAACUUUCUUGGUAAAGAUCAGGGCGUUUGAGGACUCUGGGAUUUGGUAUCCUCCCAGGUGUACAGAUGUGUGGCCUCAACAGUCUUAUUUUAUUUUUGCACCGAGUCAAUGAUUACAGGAAGGCCGGGUGGGGGGUAUACGAUGAGCCGGUGAUGUCCAUCAGCACCAUAGAUUUAUGCAAAUUUCCUUUCAAAGCACUAGACCAGUUUUAAGAAAGGAAACACUGUGGGAGGAAUUGCAAAUUGAACUUGAGUUUUACUACGUAAAAGCUGCACUCUGCAUAAUUCAAUGUUGACUAAUGUUGAUGAUGUUAGAGCUGGUAAUAAAUCCAGACAGUUAACAGAGGUAUCUUCCAAUUUACUGCCACAGUUAAGUCAACAUUUUAUUUAACAAUGAUGUCACCGGUGCCUGCUACAAAGCUGCUGGUGUCGGUUCAUGGCCUACCUUCAGUCUCGUGAGGGUUGAUUCAGGGAAAGUCAUCACUGGCUGUGCUUCUGUUUCCCGAUGCUUGCAGAAAAACACAAACACAGCGCACACAGUGAUGUGACACUAAAUGACACCAUAAUGAACAAUGCGUUUGUGAAUUUACAUGUGCUUGCAAGCUUCCUGUGAAAAUGAAUAAACGUGUGAAACUGCAAAAAAGAAAAAAAAGGGCAAAAAAAGGUAGAGAUAAAUCAGAUAAAAUCAUGUGUUUUCUACUGUUUACUACAGCUUUUGUUUAGGCUUGUGGGCAUGCAGGACAUUUGCACAGGCUCUGUAUGUAACAGCAUUGAGUUGUACUCUGAAUAAAGAAAAUCAUGUGAAUGAUAA